UUAUACCAAAACAAAACCCAUGGGGUCCAAAGUGGAACUUAGAUUUUUCACUUUUGAAUUUGCACCAGAAACGUCGGGACGAUAAGAACAGUUUCUCGAACCUACCGAAAAUUGUAAAAAUUGGCUUAGGCUUCAGAAGACUUUGCAAAAAUACAGAAGACUUCUAACAGAGUAAUAGCCUCGUAUGAAAUCCAAAAUAUUUUUGAAUUCGGAUAUUAAAUAAUAGCCCGCUUUUACAAAAGAAAAAUGCCAGCAGGGAAAUUUAAGUUUGCAAUUGAUCGUGGUGGAACCUUCACUGAUGUCUAUGCUAUUUGUCCUGACGGAAAAGAAAGAGUCACAAAGCUUUUAAGUGUAGAUCCUUCGAAUUAUCCUGAUGCACCAAGGGAGGGAAUCAGAAGGAUUCUUGAAGAAGAACUGGGAAACAAAAUGCCUGCCAAUCAACCCGUGGAUACUUCAAUGAUUGAUUGGAUUAGAAUGGGCACAACAGUAGCCACCAAUGCUUUGUUAGAACGGAAAGGAGAAAGAAUGGCUCUAGUUAUAACUUGUGGUUUCAAAGACCUUCUCUACAUUGGAAACCAAGCUAGACCCAAGAUUUUUGAUCUAAAAAUUGAAAUGCCAGAAGGUUUGUACGAAGCAGUCGUAGAAGCUAAAGAACGUGUCAUUUUGGAUAGCCCUAAAUGCCAGUUAACCACGAAAGGAAGACAGGUAGAUGCAACUAAUGGCGAGAAACUGUGGGUCAUCGAAGAACUUGAUCAAGAGCACCUGAAAAGGGAAUUGGAAAAGAUCCGCGAUAAAGGAAUAUCGAGCAUUGCCGUUGUGCUGAUGCACUCUUACAUAUAUCCUGCACACGAGGAAAUUAUUGAAAAGAUUGCACGCAGCGUAGGCAUUGAAAGCGUCUCGUUAUCGUCCAAGAUUAUGCCAAUGAUGCGAAUCGUUCCUCGCGGCUUCACCGCAGCAUCGGACGCUUACCUAACGCCUCAUAUUCAGCGCUAUCUGCAGGGAUUUUGCUCUGGAUUCAAAAACGAGCUUGAUGGUGUUAACGUGCUAUUCAUGCAAAGCGACGGAGGUUUGACGCCAAUGGAUUCAUUUAGUGGCUCACGUGCUAUUUUAUCUGGUCCUGCUGGUGGAGUAGUUGGUUACGCACGUACACUUUAUGGAUCCGUCUCAAAUGGCUUACCUGUAAUCGGUUUUGAUAUGGGUGGUACUUCAACAGACGUUAGCCGCUACGAUGGAGCAUGGGAGCAUGUCUUUGAAACUACAACUGCUGGUGUAACAAUCCAGGCCCCUCAGCUGGAUGUGAAUACGGUGGCAGCAGGUGGAGGUUCGAUGCUAUUUUUCCGUGAUGGAAUGUUUGUAGUUGGUCCUGACUCAGCAGGAGCUCAUCCAGGACCGACGUGUUAUAAAAAAGGCGGUCCUCUUACUGUGACCGAUGCGAACCUUCGUCUUGGCCGUCUUAUUCCUGAAUAUUUUCCCAAGAUCUUUGGAAAACAUGAGAAUGAACCACUGGACUCCGUUGCCACUGCCAAUGCAUUCCAGCAGCUCACCCAACAGGUGAAUGAGCUCUUUGAAAUGACAGAGGAAGAAGUCGCUAUGGGUUUUAUUAAUGUUGCUAAUGAGGCAAUGUGCCGACCGAUCCGUGCACUUACCCAAGCAAAAGGCCAUGAUACUUCACGCCACAUUUUAGCCUGUUUCGGUGGGGCUGGAGGGCAGCAUGCCUGUGCGAUUGCUCGUAGUUUAGGCAUGAAAGUCGUCCUUAUCCAUCGUUAUUCUGGGAUUUUAUCCGCCUAUGGCAUGGCUCUCGCAGACGUCGUUCGUGAAGAACAAGAGGCUUGUAGUAAACCUUACCAAAUGGAUAACUUCGAAUAUAUUGAUCAGCGGAUUGAUCUGUUGUCCAAACGGUGUCGGGAAUCGCUAAUCAGUCGAGGUUUUCAUCCAGAUCAAAUUCAUACCGAGCCGUAUCUCCAUAUGCGGUACGAUCGAACUGAUUGCGCUUUGCUUUGUGGUCCAGCGGAUCUUAGCAGUUCAUCGCGGCAAAUGUCCUCGCACGGGGAUUUCCUUGAGUCCUUUGUCGAAAAGUACAAAACAGAAUUUGGCUUCACCAUUGACGAGCGUCCGGUAAUCGUCGACGAUAUCCGCGUUCGAGGCAUCGCGAAAACGGGCAUUCAAACUGCCAAAACUCUCCCGGCUGCAACAUCACCAGCUACUUCCGUGACAACGAGUUCAAUCUACUUUGAAGGCGGGUACAGAGAAUGCAGUGUCUUUCUUCUAAAAGACCUUCUUCCAGGGCAUUCCAUUCCUGGCCCAGCCAUGAUUAUUGAUCAACUUGGAACUAUUAUUGUCGAACCCAACUCGACAGCUGAAUUGACAGCCCAAGGUGAUCUGCGAAUUACCAUACACGACGCACCAAUCAGCAGCAUCGGCUUAGAACUUGAUGCAGUUCAGCUGUCGAUAUUCUCACAUCGUUUUAUGAGCAUUGCUGAGCAGAUGGGAAGAAUUCUUCAACGCACUUCAGUUUCAACCAAUAUCAAAGAGCGAUUGGACUUCUCGUGCGCUUUGUUCGGGCCAGAUGGUGGAUUGGUUUCAAAUGCUCCGCAUAUUCCCGUCCAUCUUGGAGCUAUGCAAGAGGCAGUCCAGUACCAAUUACGUGCAAGGGGUAGUGAUAUACUUCCUGGUGAUGUUUUUCUAUCAAACCAUCCAUCAGCCGGUGGCUCUCAUCUACCAGAUCUUACUGUGAUUACGCCCGUAUUUUGGGAAAAGCAACAAAAGCCCGUGUUUUACGUCGCAAGUCGGGGUCAUCACGCUGAUAUUGGUGGCAUUACACCCGGCUCAAUGCCUCCGCAUUCGCACGUGUUAGAUGAAGAAGGCGCUGUUUUCAAAAGCUUUGUGUUGGUACGUGAUGGAGUCUUCAGGGAAGCAGAACUUAUUGAAGCGCUGAACGCUCCUGGCAAGGUAGAUGUUCCGGGUGCUUCUGGGACCCGCAAUUUGCAUGAUAACUUAUCUGACCUCCGUGCUCAAGUGGCAGCCAAUCAAAAGGGUAUCGGCCUAGUAAGCGAGCUGAUGGUCUAUUAUGGCCUGGAAGUAGUUCAGCAGUAUAUGGGUUACGUAAGACAUAAUGCUGAAAUGGCGGUACGCUCUUUGCUGAAAGAAGUAGCUCAAAAGUCUGGCCAAAGACUGGAAGCAGAAGAUUUUAUGGAUGAUGGAACGCGUAUUUGCUUAUCGGUUGCCAUAGAUCCUAGCCAAGGAUCUGCCACAUUUGACUUCACGGGUACCGGUUGUCAGGUGUGGGGAAAUACCAAUGCUCCUCGCGCCGUGUCGUUGUCUGCUAUUAUUUACUGUCUUCGUUCUCUCGUAGGUCACGACAUUCCACUCAACCAGGGUUGCCUUGUACCAAUUCAAGUCAUCAUUCCGGAUGGUUGUCUUUUGAAUCCAUAUCCCGAAGCCGGAGUAGUUGGUGGUAACGUUUUGACAUCCCAGCGGGUGGUAGACGUUGUCCUUAAAGCUUUUGGAGCUUGCGCGGCCUCACAGGGGUGCAUGAACAACAUUACCUUUGGAGACGAAACCAUGGGCUAUUAUGAGACCGUAGCAGGAGGCUCAGGCGCUGGGCCCGACUGGAACGGACGCAGUGGAAUACAUUCCCACAUGACCAACACUCGCAUCACUGACGCUGAGGUGCUUGAACGCCGUUAUCCAGUCAUCUUACGAUCUUUUUGUCUGCGAAACGGAAGCGGUGGACGUGGCAAGUAUCGAGGUGGAGAUGGAAUCAGCAGGGAAUUGCUCUUCCGGCAAACGAUGACGCUAUCGGUGCUCACAGAGAGACGCGUGUACGCACCCUAUGGAUUAGCAGGUGGAAGUGAUGGUACUAAAGGCAGCAACUCAUUACUUCGACGCAACGGAGUGCUUUUGAAUUUGGGAGCGAAAUGCUCAAUACCUGUUCACGCCGGGGAUAGUUUUAGACUCCUAACUCCUGGUGGGGGAGGAUACGGUCUAGAGGACAACGAAGAGAACAAACCAGUUGCGACAGCCAUCGGGACGAAAUUCACUGAGAGAGGAAGCGUUUACGAAUUCCGUUCGCUACAGGAAUCAGCGUAGCAAUGGUUCCAACACAAUGUAUUGACUAAACAAAGGUAUCCGUCCAUUACACAGAGAUGGAAGGUGAGCCGAAGA